ACGCUGCAAACAGUCCCAUCAUGCCUUUUGGAGAGGUCGUCAUAGGAUCGCCGGGCAGUGGGAAGUCCACUUAUGCAUAUGGAAAGUACCAGCUUCUCUCAGCACUCGAACGCAAAUGCGUCGUCAUCAAUCUCGAUCCAGCGAACGAUCAUGUACAGUAUCCAUGUGCGAUAGAUAUAAACGAGCUCAUAACUGUCCCGCAAGUGAUGAGAGAAUACGAGCUCGGGCCGAAUGGCGCGAUGCUCUUCUGUAUGGAAUACUUGGAAGCCAAUUUUGAUUGGCUUGAAGAACGGCUCAAAGCUGAAGGAAUAGGGGAAGAUGAUUGGGUCAUAUUUGAUUGCCCUGGCCAAGUAGAACUCAGUACGAAUCAUAACAGCUUGAAGAACAUCACCGAGAGACUGGGAAAAUUUGGAUUUAGACUUGCGGUGGUGCACCUCUGUGAUGCACAUUACGUGACAGACGCGUCGAAAUAUGUGUCUGUACUGUUGCUGUCAUUGCGCGCAAUGCUGCAUCUGGGCCUCCCCCACAUCAACGUCCUGUCUAAGCUCGAUUUGAUCAAGCAGUACGGCGAACUAUCAUUCAACCUGGACUUCUACACCGAAGUGCAGGAUUUAUCUUACCUUCAACAUGCUCUUUCAGAAUCAUCGCCAAAAUUCGCACAGCUCAACAUGCGGAUAUGUGAGCUAAUCGAGGACUAUAACUAUGUUGCGUUCGAGACCCUUGCAGUCGAGGAUAAGCAGUCAAUGAUACAUCUCAUGAGAACCAUAGACCGUGCAUUGGGUUAUGCGUUUGUUGCUACGGUGGAUGACGCGUCAGUUGCCAUAUCACCAGCGGGUGCACCACGAACGAAAGUGGAUAACCGGAGAGCAUUAUUCAGCUCGGCGGCUUCGGUGAUCCCGGAUGUGCCUAAUAUUCAAGAUAUCCAAGAGCGAUGGGUCGACCACCGUGAUGAGUAUGAUGAAUGGGAGGAAGGUGAAUGGAGACGAGAAGGUGUUGCAAUCAGUGCUGGGAAAGCUAGAGCGGACGCGAAGAAGCGAUAGUCACCCAGGGUCGCUGGGAAAUUCUCAGCGGUUAGCUCGACUGGACAACCUCUGCGACCAUACUGGUAAUAUAUGAUUUUUUGUCAGAAAUGGGCAAAUCAUCAUAGAAAUCAAGCAAGCGAAAGGGUUUGUGUCAAAUUGACUUCAGAUUUCCGUUCUUCUAGGACAUCCUGCUAAGCGGUUCCUGUGCAGUGUACCUGCAUAGCAGAUGCCUACUACGACAUUAGAGGAA